GUCACUAGUUGGGUGGGACAUGCAAAACACGUGACCAGCAGCCCAUUGAUUACUCUGCAAUCACUUGCUCUGGCCUGACACUCGGACAGGCUCGGUUGUGGCAGGCGUGACCAGCUAAUCGCCUAUAUGAAGCGGCCGGCGGCUCGAUAAAUAAACCGAGAACGCUGUGUCCCUACUGCAGCGAAGUACAGGCGGCAGAGAAACAGCGAGCGGACAGGUAACAGUCAGAAUACUACACGGCAAACUAUGCCCUUACUGCAAACCUCCAGCCUAAACGACAACAACCCGCCCUCUCUCAUUUAUCCUCCAAUGAGAAGCCGAUGCUCUGUCACGUGGUAUUGUCUUCACCAAUCAGAAACGACGUAGGGUUUUAGCCGUGCUAGUCCUAGCAGAGUGCUCCCCUCGAGCAGCCAAUCAGAGGGCGCGCUUGUCGGAAGUUCCCGUCCAAUCAGCGGGCGGGUCUCGGUACGUGGGGUGUGAGUGACGGUUCCUGCUCUCGGCUGCUCCGUCAUGUCGGCGGCUCCGUGUUCGGCUUCCCCGGCGGCCUCGGGCGGGUCGGUGCCCGGGAUGUCCAUGUUCCGCUGGCUGGAGGUGCUGGAGAAGGAGUUUGACAAGGCGUUCGUGGACGUGGAUCUGCUGCUGGGGGAGAUAGACCCGGACCAGGCGGACAUCACGUACGAGGGCCGGCAGAAGAUGACCAGCCUGAGCUCCUGCUUCGCUCAGCUCUGUCACAAGGCGCAGACCGUCAGCCAGAUCAACCACAAGCUGGAGGUGAGCUCGCACGGCGCACAUGGCCGCCAUGGUGCAUGGCCGGGGGUGCUGGGAGUUACGUGCUGGGAGUUACAGUCUGCACCAGCAGCGCUGGCUUGGUCGGAUUCCCAGCCCAGAGCACACAGCUAGAUAUGGGACGCACUGUAUCUGGAGCAAUCACCAUGGCAACCAGGAAAAUGGCCAUCACCUGCUCCACUGUAUUAGCUCCAUCAGUAUCAGCCACAGUGAGCAAUCUGUGCUGGCAGAUACCUGUGUGUGUGUGUGUGUGUGUAACAGGGAUUUAAAAAAUAAGUGUGUGUUUUUAUAUAUAUAUAUAUAUAUAUAUAUAUAUAUAUAAAAAUCUCUAACGUCUUCUGUAGAGCUAAGCCUGAAUGCUGGAGAUGAGCAGUUUCCCAAGAAUGGAAGUGCUUGCCCAUAUAGCGUGUAUGCAUGUUGUAUUUGCCCACUUCUUUAGCUUAGGCUGGGUCUCUCUAACCUUGUGUUGUCGUGUUGAUUUUACUGUCGAUGAGAGUCUUAGGUGUCUCGUCCAAAUGCCCCUAGGGGGCUGGUGCUGUCGCUUCUUGUGGUGGAAGGGUAUUUAAGACGGUCAGCCAUGGUCUCCAGGUAGUUGACAUACCUGUGCGAAAACGAGUAAGAUAGCUCCUUUAUAAUCCUGAUGGAGUCUACUUUCUGGAUCCAUUCUCUAAUGGAGGGGUUUGUGGGCUUUUUCCAUUUAACGGAAAUAAGGCUGUGAGGAGGUGGCUUAGUAGUAGUCUGGUAUGUUUGGGCAGGGGAGAGGGGUAUAGCAUGAGUAACAAGGCCUUGGGGUUGUGUGGGAGUUUGACGCCAGUAAUUGCAUGCAUGAGGUCAUUCACUUUCCCCCAGUAUGUUUGUAUGAUGGGGCAUGUCCACCAGAUGUGCUCUGGUGUACCUAUUCCUUGGUUGCACCUCCAGCACGUGCUUGGUGAGUUGGGGAAGAAUUGAUUUACCCUUGUCAGCGUGUAAUACCACCUAGCUAUUCUUUUGUAAUUUCCUUUUGUGGGUGUUGAUGCUCAGGGAUGAUUUGAAGAUUCGUGUCCAGUCCCUGUUCAGUAAGGUUAUCCUUAGGUCCCUUUCCCACUGUCUGGUAAAAUCUGGGAGACCGUUAGCUUGUUGGUUUUGGACAAGUUUGUUGAAGGUGGAUAGAUGUUUUGGCUUUUAAACUUUGUGAGGAGCAAAUCAUUUCAAAUUGAGUGGGUGUUCUCAAGCCCUUUAGGAGAAUGGGAUUAGUCUGGAUAUAGUGUGUGAUUUGCUUUGUCUGAAACAAAGCAUUUCAGUUCGCCGGUGGUACGAGUUCGUCAAAGGGUCGUACACCCUCAUUCGUUAAUAGUGGUCCCAGAGCUAGGUAAGUCAUGUCAGGUGUGAAUUCCCUGAGCGCUCCCGGCUUAAGUCCUAGGAGGAAUAGCAGGUUCUGUGUGAGUGGGUACAGAGGUGAGUGGUGCGGUGCUAUGUUUAGGGUCUGUAUGAUCUUUGCCCAUAGCUGUAAUGUCGGCGUUAUCGUGGGGUGUGGUGCGUGUCCCGGUACCAUGUAAGUCAUUCCCGUGUCCUGCCAUGGUAUCAUGUGAAUGGGUGUUGUGAAUGUAGCAGCCUCCAAUUGCACCCAUUGUUUGCGAUUGUGUGGCUGUGCCCAUUCAAAUAUUCUGGUGAGUAUGGUGGCUUGGUGGUAGAUUUCUAGGUGUGGUAGACCUAGGCCUCCCUGUGAUUUUGUCUGGUUAGGCAGGUGUAUUUUAGUCUAGGGUGUUUGUGUGCCUAAUAUGAAGGACGAGAAAAGGCGUUUCACUUGUAUAAAGAAGGUAGGGGGUAGCCUGAUGGGCAGGAUUUGUAGCAAGUAGAGUUGUUUGGGUAGUAGAUUAAUUUUCAGAAUGUUUGUAUAUUCUACAAAGCCACCCAAAGUACGGCUUGUUCCAGGUCCUGAGAUCUGUGGCAAUGGAUGUCAGUAAGGGCGGGAAGUUCAGGUCAUAUUUCUCUGGUAACAUUUUUGGUAAAUGAUACUAGAUACUUGACGGCCUAGAUGACCAGCUGAGGGCAGUCUCAUUAUAACGUCUUUGGUGAUGUUGGAGAUAUUGAGAGGUAGUAUCUCGCUUUUGGUGACAUUGACCCUGAAAUUAGACACCUCGGCAUAUGUGUCUAUCUCUGUGAAUAUAUGGGGGAGACACAUGAGUGGAUCUGUAAUCGUGAAAAGCAAGUCGUCGGCAAAAGUUGAGACUUUGUGUUCACUGCCCUGUGUUGUAAUGCCCUUAAUGCCUGGGUGUUCCCUAAUUUCCCAGAGGAAGGGUUCAAUGGAGAGUAUGAAGAGGGGGGAGUGGGGACACCCCUGCCUCGUACCAUUGACAAUGGGUACCUUGACUGAUAGUUGGCUGUUGCCCCUGAUUCUGGCUCCCAGUUUGGAGUAAAUGGCUGAUAUCCAUUUCAUCCAGUUUGGGCCAAAACCCAUGGCUUGUAGGGUGCUGGUCAGUAGGGACCAGUCCACCCUGUGAAAUGCCUUUUCUGCAUUGGUGGUGAGGAUGAGGCUCUGCGAUGUUUCACUCUCGGAGAGGUGGAUAAGGCUUAGGAGUUUAGUGGUGUUAUUUUUAGCCUCCCUCCCGGGUACGAAUCCCACCUGAUCAGGGUGAACUAGGUCUCCCAAUAGUGGUCUGAGAUGGGUAGCCAGGAUCUUCGUGAAAAGCUUCGGGUCAAUAUUGAUCAAGGAUAUCGGCCUGUAGCUUCCGCAUUCUGCUGGGUCUCUCCCAGAUUUGGGUAUUAGGGUUAUGUGGGCCUCCAAAACUUGCUCGGGUAGGGAGCUUUAUUGUAUGAGUGAGUUGAAGGUGCGUAUAAAUGGAUCUGCAAGUUCGGAAGAUAAAGUUUUAUAGUGCUUGGCCGUGUACCCAUCAGGUCCUGGACUUUUGCUCAGUGGUAGGUGUUUAACUGCUAGAGGGAAUUCAUCCAGUGUUAAGGGGGCAUAGAAGACCUGUCUAAGGUUCCUGGGAUCGUCUGAGCGAGUCGUUUAGACAGAAAGUUGUCUAUGUCGGAUUGUGAUGGUGGAGAUUGUCUGAGGUUGUAAAGAUUAGAGUAAAAGGUAUGGAAGGCAUUUAGUAUCUCUGGCAUGUGGUGGGAUGUCGUCCCCCUGGGUGUCUUAACCUGGUAUAUGAAAGUUUGUUGCCUAUUGUGCUGUAAGGCUUUGGCUAGCAUGCACCCGUAUUUCCCUCCUUGAGCAAAGUAUGAGUGUUUGGAGAGCAGUAGCUUGCAUUUUAUCUGGGAACUCAAGAGUUGUUGUAACUCGGAACGUUUAUCAAUGAGUUGUUUAUAGAUGUCUAGGGAGCAUGUAUUGCUAUGUUUUUGUUCUAGUUGUCUGAUGUACCGUGUAAGUGUUCUAACUUGGGCUUCCUUGUGUUUCUUAUGUUUUGAUGCCAGUGCAGUAAGGUGCCCUCAUAUUACUGCUUUGUGGGCUUCCCACGUGAUUGGGGGUGAGGUUGUUGUAAAUGUAUUUUCCGAGAAGUAGUGUUGUAGGUCAGUAGAUAUCUGUUUAACUAUGGACCAGUCAUUGAGAAGAAAAUUGUUUAGCUUCCAUUUUUGGAGGAAGGGUGUGUAUGUGAAUGGCCAGGGAUAUAGGCGCGUGGUCUGACCAUGUUAUGGGACUGUAUGCACAGGGCUGGAUCAUGUGUAGGUGUCUAUGCUGCAGGAAUACCAUGUCAAGCCUGGAGUAAGAGUGCGUGACGUUAGAGUAGAACGAGUAGUCCUUCGUUUGGGGGUGGGUUAUCCGCCAGCUAUCGAAUAGCCGUGCUUGGUCUAGUAGUUGUCACCCUAGCUCUAGUCGAAACUUGGUAGGUAUUUGGAAUGUGAGGUGGUGUCUAGGGCAGAGUCUAUAGACCCGAUCAUGUCAGCCCCUAGUAUGAGAAUCCCCUCUGUGUGCCCUCUACCUUGUGAAUGUAUUUCCAAAGGGAGCUGCAUUGUUUGGAGUUCGAGAGAUAGAUUUGCCAGAGUCACCGCCGUGUUGCUUAUCAGUACCUUGACUACUAACAGCCUGCCGCUUGGGUCUGAGUAAUGGUCUAUGUAUUUAAAUGGGGUAUGAGUUCCUAUAAGGAUGGCCACUGCUCUUUUUUUUUGGGGCUUUCAUAUAGUUACAGAAAUAUCCUUGAGGGUAGCGCUGGUCCUAGAGAGUCGGGGCUACUGAGUUUGUGGCGUUCAUGGAGCACUAGGGAGCAUUUGGCAGGUGAGUUUAGUCCCCAAACAUUAAAUGUGACCACGUUAAAAUCAGCCAUGUGUGCUGCUGAGCUGUAUGCUAAGGACUGAAAUAAUAUCCUGUUGUGUGUAUGCUGUCACAGAGUAUUAUAUAAACAAUAGGUAGAUGCAAAGUAAAACUAAGGUAACUAUUUAUUUACAGGUUAACAAAGAGUAAAAACAGUGAGCUAGAGAUUAAGUUCAGGCAAUAGAUGGAUGUAGCCAGAUGUCUUUCCCCUGGUUCUGGGUCACCUUAAGGGGAACAGAAGUGGCACCACUUCAGUGGCUCUCGUUUCUCUGCUCAGAGAAGCUGAGUGAGGGUAACUAAAUUAAGGUGCUCGCUGAGGAGUCGGGGCAGACAAUCCAAGUAAUACUGGUGUCCUAACUUUUGUUUAGGGUUCGGGGUGGUAUAAUGGGUUUUAUUUGGGGUAAGGGUAUGGUCUGCUGAUCAGUCCCCCAUGUCUGGGUUGGGGGGAGUGGGACAUGUUGCUUGGGACAAUUUAGGGGGUUGUGGCUCCCCCGCCCUCUAAGUCCCUGGUGUCUUCACCCCCAUGGGUUGGUGUGCGCUUUGCCCCAUGCGUGGCAUCAGUGGUGAGUGUAUUAGGUGGGGCGAGGUGACCCCACUUUAGGUGGUCGUGACUUGGACCCGGUACUGAGGAUUACCAGGGUAUGUGAGCCAUUUUGUGAGGGGUGGGAAGUGGGGUGAUACGAGGGUGUGGUGCCGUAGAGGCCCAUGUGGAUAGGAUGUGGGGUAUCUCUGGUACAGCUGAGAUGUGUCUGAAAUGCAAGUGACACAAUAAAAGGUGUACAACAUACAUGAUACACUUUACCAUCUGUUUACAUCUCUUUGUCAAUUUGCACGCCACAGCUACCCAUCCGCUGGGUAUUGUAGGUCUCAGUUCGGUGAGGAUCUUAUCCAGAUGCUGGAUAUUGGCUCGAGAGGCGUUCUAGGCCGUGUCCGAUACGUUCAGGAUAGUCCAGAUUUUGGGGUGCUGUUGGGCUGGGUGGUGGAGCUAAGUUUCACAGUGGCAUAAGUCCCUUGGAGGUCAGUGUCCAUGUGUGCUCGGGUUCCAAGGCAUAUAAAAUCUCUCUUUAGGGGUGUAGGGCUGUGAGUGUGCCAUCUAUGCCCUGUUUCAAGUAUGCAGUGUGUCCUGUUUUCCAUUCUGCCUCCCGUCGGUAGUCCUUAUGAAGUCUAGGGGUAGAGGAUUGUUAUUGUUGUUUGGUGUUUCAGUUAUAUUUUCUAGGGUGUAGGUUGAGUCUUUUGUUACUAGCAGGGUCUUGGAUGCAAUAGUGGGCUGUCGGGUACCGAUCUACAGGUGCUAUGCGAUAGUUUACUGUCUUGAGGAAGAGCCCACUGGGGUUUGCGGUCUAGAGGGUGGAUCCCUGUGGUCAUUCCGGCAUCGCUUAGAUGGAGUCUGCCAUCUUGGGUGUUGUGGCAAUCUUGUCGCUGGUUGGGCCUGUUGGCGACUGUAGCAGUCCUGGAGAUGCACAUUAGGGAGUCCCAGGGUCUGAGUGAAUAGUUCUGUGUCUCCUGCUGCUGAUAGGGUGGCUGUAGCCCCGUUAUUUGAGGCCGUGAGGGAUAGAGGGAAUCCCCACCAGUAACUAUUUCUGUCCCGCAGUAUGUCAGUGACGGGUCACUGAUUCCAGUUUUGUAAUUUCUGUUGGAGUUAAACUGGGAAAACGUCUGCAAAGAUGGUGUUCAUUUAAGACUUUGUCGGGAACAACUUGUGUGGGCAAUUUGGGAAGAGAUUGGCUGAUAUGGAAGUGUUAUUAAAUUUUAUUUAUAUAGCGACAAGCAAAUUCUGUAUCGCUGUACAAUGGGGUUUGAAGGCCACUUGCACACAAUUACAGGGAAGAGAUUGCAUAGGAGUUGAGGUUUGUCAAAUUAAUUAUUUUUCGCUCCCAGUGUUACUUGAAAGACCUAUUGUUUGUAAUAAACUGGUUGGUCAGGACUUUAACCAGCAACAUUGAUGGGAGAUUGUUACCAUGGACUUGAUAUAUGUAAGCAAGUAAAUUAUGUUGCUGCUGUUUAAGACGUGUUUUUUUUUUUUUUUUCCUUCAUUGUUUAACAUAUUAUUAUGUUAACCCACUCACUCCAAAAAAGGAUCACUGUCUUUAGCCAUUCCAAUUCAGCUCUGUCCAAAGUUUGUAAUUUUAAAUGGUUACUCCACCCAAAAACAUUUGUUUUUGGUUGGAGUAAACCUUGUAAAAAAAAAAAGGUUUAUAUAUAUUAUCUUCGCGUGUCCUUGCACACUCACUAUGAUAUUCUAAAUGCCGGGUGCAUUCUUGUACGCAGUGCCAAAAAUGUAUAAUAUAAAUAGUAAGAGGCUUGCACUCACAGUCUUUUCACGGACGUUUCAGCCUCCAUCCAUGGCUUUCCUCAGGAUCAAUACAUUACAAAUGCAUAUAACAAAACAAACCUUUAUAUUCAAACAAUUGAUUAGUUAAUUUAUAAACUUCUCUCACCACCCAUGUUGCUAAUUCAUUUCACCGGCGUCCUUCAAAUUAGAAUGCGCAUUUGUCAGUAUGCCGCAACCCGGAAGCUGCAUACUGACGUCGUCUCCCUUUGUUGCCAUGGUAACCCGAUAUCACUUCGGGCUCCAUAGCGACUAGCAUAAACAUACCACGAUAUAUCUAUUCUACAACUUAUUAUUCAUGCAAUCAUUUAGUUAAAUUAUAUAGUGACAUAUAACUUGCUACUUAGUGCCUAUUAAUUGAUUAAUAAAGUGACUUAAAAGGACACAGUUCUUAAAUGUCUAUUAAAUAGAUCGACAGUACUCCUCACAUUAUAAUCAAAAAAAUCAUAUUACUAUGUAUCUCAGCGUAUUAAAUUUAGUAACUUCUAAAUAACAUGUAUGCUAUCUAUAUACCAUAAAGUGCUUUUAAAUUACUUUAAAGUGACACAUAUUCUUAUAUAUGUACAAUAAAGUGCAUCAGAAAAUUUAAAGUCACCCGUGUGGCUUUAUAUACAUCAAAAUGCAUAAGUGAUUUAUUUAUUUUUUGCUACAUACAGCAUAGUGCACCAUGUUUUAUCUAAGGUGCCAUAUAUUAUAGUGCAUUUAGGUUGAAUAAUCUCAUAAUAACAUGUAUGCUAUCUGCCUUUAAAUUACUGUAAAGUGACAUAUGUAUGUAAAAAAGUGCCUUACAUACCUAUUAUAUACAAAAAAGUACUUGAAAGUGAAUCAUACAGUGAUAUAUGUGCAAUUAUGUACAUCAAAGUGCACACUAUUAACUUAGUGCCAUACAUGCCUCUAUGUACAUCAAAGUGCAUCUCAAUUGGUAUAAAGUGCCUUCUGCCCUGUUUGUACAUUAAUGUGUCUGAUAUAUAAUUUUAAGUACAGCUAUACAUGAAAAACUAUUUGUUGGUUCUUGAUGAAGUUUAAUAGUACUUGUGUAAAUCUAAGCAACAUAUAACACCAUGGUGCAACCAUAUCUACACCUCUUAACUAUUAUUCAUAUGUCACAAUUGUAUCUCAAAAUUAAUCUUAUACAUACCCCUACAUAUUAAGAAUAUUGUACACACAAUAUACCAUUAAAAUUAUUUUCGAUAUUUGACGCUAGCAUGGCUCCCAUGUACAAGUAUAUGUUUGCAACCGAACACAUACUGAAGCCAUUUCAACAAUCCCCAAUUUUGGUGCACUAUGUCAAAUCUUGAAAGACCUAUUGUUUGUAAUAAACUGGUCAGGACUUUAACCAGCAACAUUGAUGGGAGAUUGUUACCAUGGACUUGAUAUAUGUAAGCUAGUAAAUUAUGUUGCUGCUGUUUAAGACGUGUGUCAAAGGGUUCCACAGUAAAAAUUAAUUGGGAACCCCUGCUCUUUACACGAAAACUGCUUCAUUAAGGUAGUGAUGACUCCUUUGUACACUUAAUGGGUGUGUAGAUCUGAUCAUACACCUGUAGAUUUGUAUCCUGUAUAGGGCCUGUUUUUUCUUUUUCUUUUUUUUUUGAUAACAUUUUAAAAACUACUACUUUAAUCAUGUAUUCAUAUGUUGCUUAUUUGCCACAUGAACUCGCCUCUUUAACUCCAGAUGUUCUGGACUGUGUUUUCCAUGAUUGCAGCUGUUGUGCUAAAACGUGGGAUCGCUACUAAUUGUAUCUUUGGUUUUUUUUUUUGGUUUUUUUUUCUUACUAAAAUCUGUGAACUACUCAUGAGACUUGAAAAAGGAAUAUUAGGUAUAUCAGCUUAAUUAGUGUGAUAGAACUGAUGAGGAAGCUUGAAAGAUAGGAUUGCAUUGCUUCCUGCACUGUAAGCAUCAACUAAGGGAGACUGAAUGCUGCAAAUUAUGCUAAGUCAUGGGAUGCGAGCUGGUGUCUGUUUUUGUGGCAGAGUCCAUGAUGACUGGGUAUGCAGAUGCCAGUGUUUUAUUGUAAGAGACUGGAAUUGAUUUUUAGUUUUCUUUUUUUCUUUUAAAGGAACACUACAGUGUUACAUAGUUACAUAGCUGAAAAGAGACUUGCGUCCAUCAAGUUCAGCCUACCUCACAUUUGUUUGUUUUUUGCUGUUGAUCCAAAAGAAGGCAAAAAAAAAAACAGUUUGAAGCACAAUUUUGCAACAAGCUAGGAAAAAAAAUCCUUCUUGACCCCAGAAUGGCAGUCAGAUUUAUCGUUGGAUCAGCAGUUAUUACCCUACAUUGAAAAAUUAUAUCCUUGAAUAUUCUGUUUUUGUAAGUAUGCAUCUAGUAGCUGUUUGAACAACUGUAUGGACUCUGAUAAAACCAUAGAAAAUAGAUGGAAUGAAAAUAGAAAUAUGUAUGUUAAAUGCUAUAGUAGUCUACUUACUAUUAAGAGUAUGACUUCCUUCACCCUCCAAUGGGCAUUUAAAAAAAAAGUUUUUGCUUGCCUUAUUUCCCCCGGCUGCUGGUCUCUGCACUGCCUCCACACCAGAGAUCAUCAAUCCUGGUCAUGUCAGCCAAUUGCUAUGCUUCCCCCAUUGGUGAAGUGGGAGUCCAGUGACAAAUUACCACGCUGUGUCAAUCAGCAUCUCCUCAUAGAGAUGCCUCCAUGUUAGUCCUGGAGUCUUUAACAGAUUUAGCGCCAAGGGACUCCGGCGUUGGAAUCAGGUAAAUGUUUAAAGGGUUAUUUAACCCUUACAUGGCUUGAGGGACUGCAUAGACAGGGGGACACUUUACUGUUAGGAAUACAGAUAUGUAUUUGGAACACUAGUGUUUUUUUUUUUGUUUGUUUUUUGUUUUUUUUUUGCAUUGUAGUGGUUCUGAUGCCUACAAUAUCCCUUUAACAUUCUAAUCGUCUAACACAUGUAUAAUCAUUCUACAACAAAGACUCACUGCAGAUUUUCUUAGUUGUUCUACUUGUGUUUAGCUACAGUAUAUUAUCGUACAUUGCAUAUGCCUGCCACAACACAGAUUUAUCCCAUUUUUGGCAGGUCCUAUCCACUUACGUGGGGGGAAAAACUUCCUAUUUGAGCUUUCUGCAGUGCAAAGUUAAAUUGGUCCCUGGAAUGAGGUACGUCCCUGUCACAAGUGCCUCAUUCCAUUGCCCUCUGCAACCUUUCACUGUAGAGAGAUUUUUUACAGAGUGUUUCUGUAAAGGUACACUCUGCUUAAUGUAGCGGUUCUGGUUCAAAAAUACUUUUCCUGCUGUCUCGGCAACGAGAAAAGGAACGGUUACUUGGGUACCUGUGGUCGCUACCAGUGACUGUUACUCAGGCAGCCACUAGAGGACAUUCCUGUUGCAGUCCAAUAAUCUUUGCGGGACUGACCUUUAGUGUCUUCAUGCUCCCCAUAGAGAUGUGUUGAGUAAUCAAUCUCUAUAAGAAGAUGCUGAUUUUCACAGCAUGGAGAUUGCUGCACAUGCACACUAGUCCCCCAUAGUUUCUCUAUGGGUAAUUCAUUACAUGGCAUCUCUUAUGGCCCAUGGAGGCAUUGCCGCUGUGAGAACAGUGCACUGGGGAAAUAAAAGGUAAGUAAAUAGGUUUAUGGGACCAUAAUAGUAAAAUAAAUAUUGCGUUAGGAAAACACUCAAACAGCCAUUAACAAACAUGUAUUCCUUACUUUAAGUACAAAGUCCCCGUUAAUGUAAUUGACCUAUGAUGGAGACCUGUUAGGCAGGUUUGAAAAAAAAAAAAAAUGACCAUGUUUCACAAUGCAAUUUCUUGGACACACCUAGUAGGUAAUCUCAUUUUAAUUAUUUUAAAGCACCACAUUAUUAUACUUUUAUAGUACCAACACAUUCUGCAGUGCUAUCCACAGGUACAAUAGGUACCAGCAAAAAGACACAGUAUAUCUAAGAGUCAAUACAAAAAUUUACAAACGUAGUUGAGGGCUGUAUUCUGUGUGAACAGUUUAGUUUAAUAGUUCUGUAACAAUGAAUUGCAGCACAUGUAAUGCUACUGCUCGUGUACAGUAUUAAAAAAAAAAAAAAAAAAACUGUUCCUAUAGAACAACCUACCUUCCCUUGUCUUAAAUCUUUUAAUAAGUCUAUUAAAACUGAUCUCUUCAAGCAAGCCUAAGGUCUCCCUGUUAUUCCAUAACUCUCUGUGUACAUAAUUGGUGUCUAUACAGUCUGCUUUACUUUAUCACUUUGCAAAUGCGGUGUGACUUCUUAUUCCAAAACUACCAACUUGAAAACAUUUGCAAUUUUCAGAAAGCGAUUGGUGGAGGGGGCAGAAAAAUGGUGUUGGCGAAGACCUUGGUGUUAAAAACCUUCUUGAAUGGUUUAACCCCAAAGUAAACCAGUGCCAGGGCUCUCCUGGCACCAUAACUCCAUUUUGUUGAACUUGCUUUGGUGCACUGAGUGUUCCUGUAAUACAUUUUGGCUUUCAAUAUGCCACAAUUCAGAAUUUAGCGAAUUAUAGGAACGGAAACACAGAAUAUAUCCUGCAUAUGGAAUGUAAAUCUGCAACUUUGGUUAACAUUUGGAAAAAAUGUUAACAUAAUAUUCAAAUUCCUUUUUAUGUAAAUAUGGACAGGAACCUAAAUAGUUGUAAUAAUGCACGUUUUGUUUUGUGUAGUUAAGAGAUUAGAAAUUCGCAGUCUUUGUAGGUAAAACAAUACGGCAUUCCAUUCAUCACUUGUUUUAAGGUUAGAUAAUAAUCAGGCCCAACUGGUUUGCUUUUAGAUAUGUCUUAGCAUUAGUACAAAUUCUGGUUGCUUGUAAUUUCAUUGAGAGAGUCUUCCCCUUAUUCUCCUAGAGCAGGGCUUGGCAAAUCCCAGGUUUGUGUGCUUCACAGGCGUUUUAGGUUGUUUGACACCACAUAGUGCCCGUGCACCUCCAUAGAACAGUCACUGAUCAACACCGAUAGAUUGCCCCCUCUACAGCUACUUAAAAGUGCCGUAUAUAUGUAAGUGUCAGCUUUGUCAAACAUGGAAAGCAGUGAUCUUGAGUGGGUUAGCCCUAUCUGUUUAGAAAUUAAGGGGAAUGUUUGUACCUUUCCUGGUUAAAUACUUUAUUAUUUUAUUUAUUUUGCACAUUGAUUGGAUUUUGUACGCAUUGUAGUUUGCACACCGGACUACAAUUCUAGGCUACCAUCAUGCCCUGGAGCUAAAAGGUGUAGUGCCUUAUUGGAUGUCUUGUGUUGGUUUGUUUUUAUAUAAAGUAUUUGCAGUGCUAUGUAUGGUGUAACACUAAUCCUAGGGUGGUUGGUCCCUGACUUGGGACACAAACCGUUACUCAGUUCGUUACUAUCCAUCUGAAGAACCCUCAGGAACUGAAACCACCAACAACACUGCUUGAAUAGCUGUGUAGCUACAUAAAGAGUAGCAUCGCUUUUCUUUUAGGAACCUGCUUCCAUCAGGUAGAUACUUUAUGGGGUGGGAAGAAAUAUGGCUUUAUUCUAGAAAACACAGUGUAUUUGUACAUAUUCAAACCGUAAACACACAUCAACCAAUCACAUACAUCCUUCAGAUAUUCUCUAUUUGAUAGUUCAUUGUGUGCAAGUUGUGUUUUUUGAUUGUCCUUCCCGGCAUCAAGAUUGAUUUAAUUUUGAUUUAUAGCCACAAGGCUAUUUUAGUUUUUACCAGGUGUCCGUGAUAUCACAGACUGCAAGAGGUGGUCAGUAUUACAGGUACACUAAAACUUCUUGGGAUGGCGCUUUUUGUAAGGCAAGUAGACCACCUCAGGGCAUUAACAAAAUCAGUCUUGCAUCAAUACAACCGUGUGGAAUUCAGUUUUAUCUUGGAGCUGCAGUGUUAAUCGUGAAAGUGUUAAUGAAUGCCUGGUCUGCCCAGAACAAGGAAUUGCUAUCACACAUGGCAUAUCAGUAUCUGAUCUUUAAGGUUCAGAUUGCGGCAGUGCAAUGGUACAUUACUCAUCCCUCUAAAGCAGGGCUGGCCAAUAGGUAGACACCAGAUGUUGCGGAACUACAGCUGCCAUGGUGCUUUUCCAGCAUUUACAAUAGCAAAGCAUCAUGGAGGUUUCAGUUCUGCAGCAUCUGGGGAUUUACCUACCUCUGAACUAAAGGGGUAACAGAAAAUAUACGUAGCAAUUUAAAUCGGACAUUCUGCAUAGUUCAGAGAGGCUGCCAGGUGAGGUGACAAUGUGUUUCAAGGAACAUUCCAAGCAUCAUAACUGGUACAGCUUACCAUAGUUAUGGUUCCUGCCAAUCAUAUUUGAGCAAUGCAAUGGUGCCUGGAGUGUUCUUUUUAAAUAUAUCUUUGUCAGCCUUUGACUGGCCUUGCACUUGAUGUGAAAGGAUUGUAUUGUCUGCCAAUUUGAAUGUUAUGCAUUUGUCCCUGCAUAUGUAUAAUUAUAACAAAAUUAUAUCUGAGAAGGUUUAUAUUUGUAAAUGCGUUCAGUGUUUUAUUCAUAUUUUACAAGCCUGCAUUUGUCUUCCAUGCAGCAUCCAUUUAGCAAACUUUGUAAGCCACAGAAGUGGGCUGUUUUGUGAUUUAGCAUAUUUCUGCCUUAUUGGUUCUUUAGAAACACUGCAAGUAAGCUUGAAGUUAUCCUAUCUAUUAAGAUGGAUAUUGAAUCCUCUAGCAAUAAUACACAAACCCCAAUGCAUUUUGAGAAUAGUUUUUCAUUUUAGAGUAUUGUUUGGGUAGUACUUUUUUUAUUUUGGCAGAUGGAGAACCUUUACCUUAUUUCUGAACUGUUGAAAGCCUAAAGGGGCACAAAACCUUGUUUACGUUGCGUCCUUUAUUUAUUUUUUUUAAAUUCUUUUUUGACUCCCGUUUUUUUUUAGAUAAAGAAACUGAUGUGCAAGCCACCUGAGCAGAAACCUGCCAGUUCAAUUAAUGGCAAAUCUUGACUGUAGUUUAUCUUGUAUAAAAUACUUGUGGGGACAGUGCCAUAACCUACUCUGUUCUGAUAAUUGUAGUUGACAGUAUGUUUUGGGUAUUGUUAGCAGCAUGGGAAUUGAGUCACUUUUGUGCACAGUACUAAAGGCCAAGCUGAUUGAAGCAGUAUUUAGGCACUGCCUUGAAGGAUGAACGUUCCAUUGGAGACCUCUGAUUGUUUUCUUGCCUGUUCGACUGUGUCUCUUUAAAGAGUUACUCCAUGCACAGUGACCAGGUUAGUGAUUUGAAGUAGUCAUUGUUCCUGGAGUCUAUGUCCGGUGUUUCAGUAUGAAGCGCUACACAUAGUUUAAAGGGACAUUGCAGGCACCAAAACAACUUCAUCUAAAUUAAAUUAUUAUGGUGCUAGGAGGCCCCCUGGAGGGCCUUACUUCAAAUUUACCUCCAGUGGAGAGAUCAACUGGUGCUCUCAGUCAAUUAAUGACUCCCCAUUCACUAAACUGGUUUGAGAAAGGUAUGUGGUUAUGAUGCUUGAAGUGACUCUUUAACUUAGAAGGGGACUGGAGAUCUUUAUAAUAACAUUUUGUUUUUCCUUACAUCUGUCUUCUAGGCACAGAUUGUUGACCUGAAAUCAGAACUGACGGAAACCCAGGCAGAAAAAGUGGUUUUGGAUAAAGAGGUUCACGAUCAGCUUCUACAACUGCAUGCUGUGCAGCUUCAACUACAUGCCAAGACUGGCCAGAGUGUGGACUCCGGGGCCAUUAAGGCCAAAUUGGUGAGCAAGAAACCAUAAAUAUGUUUUACUGUUAAACUACAGUUCCCUGUUUACGUGAUUGGCCAGACAGCUGUGUUUUAUGUAGGCAACAAUUCUACAAAAUUAGUAAUGACUAAUUUUUGGUGCUACCACGAAGUUUGGCCAGCUCAACGUUGAUGCAAAGGGUUGCAUUAAACGUCAAACAAAAUAUUUCAAAAUGAAAAUUCAGGGGUGUGGAAUUUAAGAAAACAACAAAACAAGACUAAUUGUCCAAGGGACUGAAGUGGUAGCUCAAUCUACUUGUCAGUCAUGUUAAAGGGAUUCGAUAGUGCCAGGAAAACAAUGCUGUUUCUUGGCACCGUAGAAUCCUACAGUGCCCUCCCUCAUGCUCCCCUCCCGUGGCUCUGAAAAGGCUAAAACCCCAUCAGUCACUUAUCUAUCUAAAUCCAGUGCAGAUGUCCUUUGACGCUUGGAUGAGGCUCCGCCGACGGUAGCUGGCAGGGGAGACCUAAUACACAUGCUCACAUUAGGAUUUCACCCUUAUUAAAAUAUUUUAAGCUUUCCUAUGGGGUGGGGGGGAAUCUGAUGCUGGAGGUCCUCAUGCAAAGCGUGAGGACAUCCAGCGUCCAAUACUGGACCAAGGUCCGUUUCAAUUCAGGAAGUCCUCUUUAGUGGCUUUCUGGGUAGACGGACACAAGAGGUUGAGUUAACUCUCAGAGGUAAUGUGACGAAAUCCACUUCGCCACUGGUUUUUGGAGGGGCCUGUUUGCCAGCCUCCUACCCUGGGACUAUGGGCCCUGUGAUAACCCAUGUUCAAAAGUACUGUUUCUACCCCUUGGACUUUUAACUGGAACAUAUUCAAACAUGUGACGGCGGCCAUCUUAAAUUGUCCAGCGGUGUUUUGUUGUCUUGUGUAUUGAACUGUUUUGGGCAUGGGACCAUGUGCAUGGUGGGGCAAAAAUAAGACUUCCAGGAAAUUCCUGAACCCCUGAACCGAUCUGGGUGAUUUUUGGAUAUGAUGUUCACCCAGAUCGGGGCUAUCGGGGAUGUGACUGUGACUUUGACUUUGUGGGGAUAUGUUGUAUUUUGGAGUACUUUUUGGGGUUUGUAAAAAUGUAUGUUUUUUUUCUGUUUAGAGUUAAUUGAGUUAGCCCAUUGUCUUUGUUAAUUGUAUCACAGGCAGAGGGGAGGGAUUGUGUGCUGUAAGUGGGAGUGUCGGACAUUGUUGUAUUCUGAUUGGUUUGUGUCCUUUGUGUGCCUGUGUUCCAUCAGGUCCAGGGGAUGUUCCUCUGGCCUGAGGAACUGUAUAUAAGCAAACCUGUACCAAUAAAGCCUCAGACUUGUUCUACCCUUCAUGAAGUCUUGGCUCAUGUUUGGGGGAUUGGAGAACCACACUCUGGGGAUUGCUAUAAAUCAAUAUACUCCCCAGAGUAUAAUCACCAGCUCUUGUAAGAGCUGUUCCUGCUCUCUGGAUUACAAGAGAGGUCUACCUACUGGAAGCUGGAUCCUGGUCUUGGGUCCAGAGUGGGUGGAAGACAGCGAGACCCCAACCAAGCUGCGGCGGUUUGUUGGGGUCUGCGGUAGUUAUGGUGUCUAGUGGAGUGCUUGGAGCCCUCAGGAAGCAAUAGUAGCAUCCGUCGGGGUGCCAGGCCAUCCGUUACAGGUAAUUAUUGCAAUUUCUCAGAAACUGCAAUAAUUAGUACUGUAGGGUAAAGGGACAUGGGACAUUGCACCCAGACCACUUCAAUGAGCUGAGCAGUGUCCCUUUAAUCUACUUGCCUGACACCAAAUAAUAUCAAUUACAAAUAUUGUGGGCCCUUUCUGUGGACAUUGACAGUGCUAUUUUCUAAACUAAUUUUCACAAAUUAAAUCUAAAUUGAACAAUGAAGCGAAAAUAGCAGAUCUAGAAUCUAGCAAUUUCUGUAACUUUGAAUAGUUAGAGCAAGGGUAUUUUUGCCUCAACUUUGCCAUUUGUAUUUUUUUAGCCAAAAUUCAAAUUUUUGUGAAUUAUCUGGAUUAUAGUUUCUUCCCUUUGUCUUGGUGAUUGUGUGUUGUGUGUGUGGUGGGUCUGGUUUUAAAGUGAUCUGACUCAGAUUUUUAUUGUCUACAAUUUGAGUGUUUUAUGCAUACAGGAGUGAUGCUUAUUAUAUAAACAAAUGUAAAUAAUAAUAUAACACAUGUAUAGGUAUGUAUACAUUAUAUCAAAGUAUAUAUUGCUGUUUGUUUUAUCAAACAUUGUCCUCACUAACCUACACACACUGCAACACACAAUCCCUGAACCUCUGGCACAUGUAUUCAAAAACACACACUGACGCGCACACACACACACUCCAUACUUGCAUACUGAGUCGUUUACACACAAACUAUUUCUGACCCACAUACAAUACAGUCCCAUUCCAUUUUACUCAUCAGCAGCAGCCUUUACGGCCCAGCAGUCUGUCUGCAGCUUUUACUCUUCUCUCCUUGCGCUAUGUGCAGGCUGCUGGGAUGUAACCUCAUCCUGUAUCCCAGUGGCAACAAACUCUCAGGAGCUUCUGCUCUCUCACCUUCUUAUGCCUGGCAUAAUGGCAGGCAGUGGCAGACAGUCCUUCCACCGUAUAGCACUUUGUGCAGCUCUGACACAGGAAGCACCUCUAGUGGCCAUCUGAGUGACUGCCACUGGAGGUGUCCCUAGGGAACAAUGUAAGCAUUACCUUUUCUGAAAAAACAUAUAUACUCACCAGGAAAACAUCUGCUCCUAGUUUGAUGGCUUACUGUUCCUCUGGUGCACUCUUUGCCUGUACUUUUUUUUUUUUUAUGCUUCUUUAUUGAUUAUGUGCAUUUUUAUUUUGCUAAUCAUCCAGUUUCCCUCCUUUAAUGGAGCUUUCUAACUAUUGCUUUUCUAACUAGACAUUUUUCUAUUCUUACUUUAAGUCUGUCCCUUCUGUGGAAUUUAUGGUGAGUACAUUAUUUCCUGUCAAUUGUAAAAUGCAGCACUAACUCAUUUGGUGUUUGAUUGCUUAUUUUAAUUAGUGUUCCUUUUCUUUUUUUUUUUGUCCCUUUUCAUAGAUAUUUAUUUAAGUCCAUAGAAUGUAUGCAGUUUGCUUGCUAUGAGUUUGAAGAGGGAACUAAAACUGCAUGUUUGAAGUUGGAACUGUGUUGCUCUGUGUGUGUGACUUUUAUUACAUUUGUGCGCUUUCUAACUUUUGUUGGACAUAUUCUUACACUGUAUUUUAUUUUUGGAAACCUCACAGGGGUGUGGAAAGGAAAACAAAUCUACUUGUCAAAAGGUCUAAAGUAGUAGCCAAAUCUUACUUGACCAGUAACAAAAUAAUUUCAAUUACAAAGAUUGAGACCCCUGCCAAAUGCCCUGGACUUUGACAUGGCUAUUUGCUAAAUUUGAAUGUUAACAAAUUCUAAUCUGAAAGGAAAAAUGGAUGAAGAAAUGGCUAAGCUGGAAAACGUAUCUAACUCCACUAGUCAUCAUAGUCACACUGACUAUUACCUGGGACAGAUGCACUAUAUCGAUAGGAAUACAGGUUUGUAUUCCCAACUCUAUAGUGUUUCUUUAAAGGGCUUCAGUUCUAUAAUAUUACCUUAUAUUCUUCUGUAUUAUCCAUAGCAUAAUAAUUUAGACAACUGAACAAUAUAAGCUCUCAAAAAAAAUGUAAUACAACCUAUUUUGUAGACAGACUAAAUGUAAUAAGUGAUGACCCACUUCAGUGCCAAGUUAUCCUGGCACUGGGUGUGCAGACAUUUUGUGGUUUUAGUCAACGCCUUCCUCCAUUAUGGCAAAUCAGAUUUGUUCAAAAUCUCAAUAAAGAAAAGUGAAUGUAAAGUGCAACAUAUAUGGUACUGUAAACCUUAAAAAUGAGUGUAAUGCUUAUUGUAUGGGAAAUAAAAACAAAAAUAAAUUCUAAAAGGCCAAUAAAAGUAAAUUUGUCUGGAACGUGUAUGCUAAGCCUGAGACAAUUAUAGCUUUCCAGACACCAUAAACACUACAGCAUUGAGGCAGGGAGCAGUGGCUAGUGAACCCUAUAUAAGAAGUCAGGCCAUUAUGAACCCUAGUGAACCCUAUAUAAGAAGUCAGGCCAUUGUGACCCUAUAUAAGAAGUCAGGCCAUUGUGACCCUAUAUAAGAAGUCAGGCCAUUGUGAGCCCUAUAUAAGAAGUCAGGCCAUUGUGAGCCCUAUAUAAGAAGUCAGGCCAUUGUGAGCCCUAUAUAAGAAGUCAGGCCAUUGUGAGCCCUAUAUAAGAAGUCAGGGUUUGACUACUUUAAUUGAAGGGGUCAUAACCACUACAGCACGUGUUCCUUUAAAUUUUUGGUCUUUUUCACUUGGAAUCAGCCUACUCUAGAUGGCAUAUCUUUUUAACUGUCUGAAAAUAAGAUGUUUUAAUUAUUUGGCAUGAUACUGGGUUUGGAUAUGACAGACGUAGUGUUUAUAUGUAGUAUGCUUAUAUGAUUUGACUUUUUAUCAUAGGAAAAAGAACUUGAGGCCAAUAAGAAAGAAAAGGUGAAGGAAGCGCAGCUGGAAGCAGAAGUGAAAUUACUCCGAAAGGAAAAUGAAUCUCUCCGGCGGCACAUUGCAGUCCUCCAGGCAGAGGUCUAUGGCGCUAGACUUGCUGCUAAAUAUUUGGAUAAGGAGCUUGCUGGAAGGUGAGUGCAACAAAACGAACAUUUUGAUGACUGUUGGUUAAGGUAUUCUGCAUGAUCUAACUUACCAGUCCUCUGAAAAAAUAGCUGUAAUAUGUAAGCUGUCCUCUUGAAACAUCGAGCAAAUUUCCACUGAUCUAUGUAAGUUUCCAUUGCUUGGAAUUUUGAUGUUUGAAGCAAUUUUCAUUUGAAUAUUUGUCUUUAUAGUAAUGCUUUUAAACUCUUCACAUAUCCAAAGUAUACUCAACGGCUUCCAUUUUACUUCUCUUCCUAUUGGCUGCACAUUUCAUGCAGAUUUUAUAUAAUAGAAGGCAGAAAUGUACUUGUAAUUCUGUCUCCACACUUGUACCUGCAAAAGGAGAAUCUGCAACAUAUUAAUUAUUAGCGUAGUGAAAUGUUAUCAAAAUUGAUAUUUGCCAGAGAAAUUUCAUUGAAGUGGAAACAUGCAUGAAAUGUCCUUUGGGGGGUCGCUUCUGCUCUCCACCUAUCUCAGUUUCUCUGCAUUGAGUGCAUGCCGAGGAAUUGAGAGGCAGAUAGGAGAACAAAGCAGGUUUAGUUGGGUAUUUCUCUAUGCAUUUACUAGCACAGUGUAUAAAUGGUGUUUGAAUGUCACUAUGGGCAUGACAGGUUCCCUUUAAUCAGGUUAGGCAGAUGUUAUAUUCACUGUUACUCAGUGGGUUAUAUUUUAUUUCAAAUGUCAAGGGUGCAGCAGAUUCAGCUACUUGGACGGGAUAUGAAAGGUCCUGCACAUGAUAAACUGUGGAAUCAACUUGAGGCUGAAAUCCACCUUCAUCGACACAAGACUGUUAUUCGAGCCUGUCGGGGGCGAAAUGAUCUAAAACGUCCAUUGCCAGCUCCUCCAGGACAUGUAAGUUACCUUUUAGAAAUCCACCUAUUUUUAUGAGGUGUGAGAAAUGUAAUCCUGUAGCUACAGGAUGUUUGUGCACCUGCACUCAUUUUAUGUUUUUCAUACAACAUUUAUGAAGGACCAACUAACACAAAUACACCUGUUCUUACUUCACAGUACUACAAUAACUUAAAAUGUAGCGCAGUCAUAGGAAAUAGUAAAGAAGUCAUUACUACCAUCUUUAUGUCAGAAGGACUAAACAACCAAGUUUGGGAGAUAUGUUUGUCACAUACUAGUCUCAAUCACUAGACCAUACAAAUCUGUAAUAUGACAUCAUAACAACUGGUAAUACCUAUAUGAACUUCUCCUGAUGUGUAUUUUUUAAUAAUAUUUAUUUUUCAUAUAUUUUAUACUUUUUUGUCCAAUAAACUGGUUUUUAUUUCUAUCCAGUUUCAGAGCCAUUGCUUUUUAUCUACCAAUAUUUUAGCCUACAGUUCCUAAUACUGUAUUGCUACAAUAUUACAUUUUUUCUAUGUGCAUCCUUACAAGAUACUAAGUAUAUCAUAUAUCAUUUGGUACAAGUGCCAGUCAUUCUGCUUUAUAGCAGUAAUAGAGACACUUGCACUGCACAUUUUUGUUCCAGACAUAUUUUUACAUUUUUACCUAUUUAUUAUCCUUUAUUUAUUAUCUACCUAUCUGAUUAUAUUCAUUUAUCCUGCUUUUACUUUCUCUUGUGAAAUUCAGUUCUCUCUUAAAGGCACAGCACCACUUUAUUCAUAUCCUCUCUUGUAUCCAGGCAUAUACUCAUUUUUAGCCAUAUUCUAGGUCAGCUCCUGGUAUUUAUAGACAUUAUUGGUGUCUCUCCUUAGCAAGUCUUUUUUAUAGGUUUUAGUGGAUCCCUAUUUUUUCCAGUUCUUUGAGCAGCCUAGUGCCAGUCCUACUCCUUCACUCCUGGGUAACACAUUAGGUGUACCAGUAUCCAACAUUUCAUAUAAAUAUGUAACCUGGGUUUGGGUACUUCCUGCUUCAUUAACACUUUCAUUACCACUCUAUUGACUUAGACUGUCUGUGAAGAUUCAAGUUUCUGGUCUAUAGCUAAGCCACUUCUACUCUGUCACAUUUCAUUGGAUAAUUGAGUAUAGUUAUAGGAACCAUUCUCACCCAUGCCAUGUUAUUUAGUGCCUAGAACAAAUACAAUGAUUCCCUGAAAGGUUAUUGCAUAUUGAUAGCUGCAAAUUAGUUAUUGUAUUUCUCUGUAUGAUUUAAUGAAAAGCUUUAUUGCAGAUGUUCUGAUAGUGAUGAAAAACAUGUUGGGGUGACAUUAGUAAGCAUUCUCCUCCUUACUAAAUUUACACCAGACUCUGCUUAGUCACAGGCUAUUGCAGAAAAUAAAAGUAAUGAUCAAUAAUUGGAAGGACUUGCAUCUUACUUUCUAUCCCACUGUUGGGUAUCUGUGAACACAAUGAGCAAAAUCUUUCAGAGCCUACUCAUUAAUGACAACAUUGUAUAUCUUGCAAAGUUUUGCAAAGUCUUGCAAUGGGGCAGGGGGACAGAGGAGGGGAGGGGGGGGGAUUGAUGACCUGAGUGAUAAUGCAUAAAUCUAUGUAUUUGUGGAAGAAGUCAGUUUUUGCGUAAUUCUGAGUGUCUAUGAAUAAAACCACCUUGUUGAUUGAUUUAUUUUCUAAAGACACAAUCUUUGUAAAACAGACAUGUCUUAGUGAACCUUUGGGUAAGAUUGUGAUUUAAAUGCCAACGGAAUAAAAAAAUACAGAAUUGCAUCUGGUUUUGAAGUUUUGAAAGAUUUUGGCAAUGUAGCUCAUCCUACAACUGCCUUGAUUAUCACACCUUCCACUGUUUGAUUCUGUUUGGUUAUGUAUGCCUUCACCUUGAUAAUAUACAUCUAAAUGUGACACUAUGUAAAUGGCCUCAAACCCCACACUUUAUUACUUCCAUGAUCCAUGUAACAUUCUUGGGGCCCCAUGAAAAUUUGUGCUGUGAUGCAUGUUACCUGCUCAUUGUACUGAGAGGCACCAGUAAACACAUUAUCUGCUUCCUGGUUGCCUUUGCUAUUCUUUGAUCGGCCUCCCACUCCUCUACAUAGUGCAAGUUGCCAUCUGGUCAUAUAAAAUGUUUGUAGUUGCUCAGUGCUUUUAUGUGUAGUGAGGGGAAAAGCCGUUUUACUGCUGGUGAGGCAGACUUUCACUGGAUUUUGUGUUUUAUUUCCUGCUGUGCUUUUACAACAGAAAAAUAGAGAUUUACUAAUUCAUGAGUGAUUAGGUGUUUUUCAGUUUAGCCUGUUAUCUGUACGAUCUGCACCCAGGACAGUAUUUAUGUUUCUGAAAUCUUUUUCCUUAUUCUGGCCAUGCAAAGUGUUAAUGUGUGUUUGAUUCAGCAGGAUCCAGAGUGCUUAAAGAAAAGCCAAGGAGUUGGUCCAAUUAGAAAAGUUAUCCUGGUUAAAGAGGACCACGAGGGACUUGGCAUAUCGAUCACGGUAAUUGCAAAUCUGUUAGGAUAUUUUACAUGUAAAGACAUUUUAUGCUGUAUAUCAUUUUUGGAAUGAAAUUAAAGCUUUUCUUUCAACAGAAAUAUUUAAAGUAUCUGCGUAAACCUUUAAUAGGGAUACAAAUGAUGUACAAGGUAUUGAUUUGCUGACCCAUACCUAGAGAGAGAGAGAUAUAUAUAUAUAUAUAUGACUUUUGCAAUUCCAAUCUCUCUUCCCAGUGUAAAAGGGUCUCCUUCAUACUACAAAUGCCUAAAGUAAAGAGUUUUACUGCAAAAGCUCCUCUGGCAUUUGGCUUUUUAUGACAAAUAUAAUGUACCCAGUUCCAUUGGAACCAACUGCAAAUAGCAGGAGGACCCAGUUUUAAUUCCUGACUCAGAACUUAGUAAUCAGAAAGUAUAGAUUACACUUAUUGUUUAUCUAAACUGUACAUUGCAAGCAUACUCAACAUGUGUAUACGGAGUCUGAUGGCGCUAUAUAAAUAAUAAAAUAUUAAUAAUGUGUAAAGCUUGUUGGCACCCCUUCUAAUUCUGAACAAUCUCAAGCAUGCUCAUUGCUGACAGGUGUAUAGAAUUAAGCACAGACAUGCAUUUUCACAUAUACAAAUGAUGACAUUAUAAUUGAACUACUAAAGAGCUCAGAGGCUUUCAGCAUUUCAUCCUUGUCAGACUUGGAAUGCCUGAGCUAUAAUACCACUUAAAUUCUGCCCCGAGAAAUACUACACUGCCGCAAUGUACCUGUCAGGAUUACUAGUUGAUCCAGCAGAAAUAGUAUCACAGCUAGGACUAAGGAUAACAUCUCACCAGACCUUAGAAUGGCAGGACUUAACGUACCCAAGAAUAGUCAAAAUACUUGCUGAGGUCAGGGAUACAGAAUGAGAAACGACGACAAGGGAAAGCCAAAAGUCAAGGAUACCAGAAAUCAGGGAAGUCAAAAUUAAGCCAAAGUCAAAUACCAGAAAUAAUACGAUCAGGAACACUCUUGGAUAACCAGCAAAGGGAAACCACGACAGGGCACUGAUUAAUAGGUAAUUUGGGUUUAACUAACCCUCCUAAAAGCUUUAAUUGGCUGUAUGUGGCUUCUGACCCAAAACGUGCGGGCACGUCUAUGAUGUGACGUCGAACACACAUAAGCGCCAUCUUUAAUGUGGGCAAAGGCUAUUUCCCCUUCAAAACCGGAGCAGCUGCGGCUGGCGUCUCCAUGGACGCCGCACACGCUGGAGACCGGGACGGAAGGAGGUCGGGUAGUGGUUUGUCGCGAGCAAGGUAUGUAUAUAUUACUUCUGUAGGCGUGACCGCUGAGUUUCCGUGCAGCCACGCUGACAGAAUCCUGCGGCACCGUGACAGUACCUACAUGUAGGGGAAAUACAAAUUUAAAACAUAAGUAAAUUUGCUCCUCACUCACAUUCUUCUUAUCUGUCUUUGAUGUUUGUCAGGGUGGGAAGGAGCACGGAGUUCCAAUUUUAAUCUCAGAAAUCCACCCAGCUCAGCCAGCAGACCGCUGUGGUGGGCUGCAUGUUGGAGACGCCAUCUUGGCUGUGAAUGGAAUCAACUUAAGAGAUGCCAAGCAUAAAGAAGCCGUUACCAUUCUUUCACAGCAGGUACAAUUCAUUCUGUGCUGAUCUGAUACCUUAAAUGCUCCACUAUAGAAACACAUUUCAUGAAAGCAUCUUAUUCUUAGUAUUUCUUUUCAGCAAACAUCCAGUUUUACAAGUAAAAGAUAUUUCUCAAUUCUGUGGGUUGUUUUUUUGUCUUUUAAAUCUUGGCAGUUUACACCUAAACAUUUUUGUGCUUUCCUUUUCUUCACAAUGACCCAUAAUUUAACAUUCACUGGAGUAAAACAAAAUUUUAAAAGGGCAGUGGUUUCUGUACAUUUACUACACUGCUCUACACGUGAACAGACAAGCAGCAAUUUAAAAGUCUCUUCAGUUUUUAUUUUUUUAUUUUGAAUCUCUGAAAACUAUUAUGCUUCUUGUCUAUGUCAAUGAAGCUAAUUGUGUGUCUAUAUCUAAAACUGAAAAGUAAAUAAGGAGAACAUUUUCCACUCUUCCAAAAAAAAAAAAAUAGAAAAGAGCACUGGUGUUAUCUGCUUUAUCAUGUGGUUAGUUGAUAUUUGUGGGCAAAAAAUAUAUUAACUCUUUGAGGAUGGAGGUAAUGUCCAACUUUUGAAUCAAAACAAAACCUAGAAUUUGUGUGGUUUGUUCCACUGUAAUUUAAAGGACCACUAUAGUGCCUGGAAAACAUACUCGUUUUCCUGGCACUAUAGGGUCUCUAGGUCCCCCCCAUCCUUAGGGUCCCCCUCCCGCCAGGCUCUAGGGUGAGUAAGGGGUUAAUCCCAUACCUUUUCUCCACCGCAGGGCUCCCUCGGCGGUGGGGACUCUCCGCCUCCUUUCACAGUCAUCGUCUGAAUGCGCGUGCGUGGCAAGAGCCUCGCACGCAUUCAGUCAGUCCAUAGGAAAGCAUUCUCAAUGCUUUCCUAUGGACGCUGGCGUCUUCUCACUGUGGGAAGCGCCUCUAGCGGCUGUCAAUGGGACAGCCACUAGAGGCUGGAUUAACCCAUAGGUAAACAUAGCAGUUUCUCUGAAACUGCUAUGUUUACAGCAGAAAGGGUUAAUCCUAGAUGGACUUGGCACCUAGACCACUUCAUUAAGCUGAAGUGGUCUGGGUGCCUAUAGUGGUCCUUUACGGGUAUCUCUUGAAGUGCCCCCAUAUAUAUUGUAUAUUGUUCUUUAAAGGACAGAAGGGGCUUUCUUGGAAUAUCCUGUAUUUAUCCCUAACACAAUAUAUCAUGAAUACAAUUUUAAAAAUGGGGGGGGGGGGGAGAAACCUUUUUACUUUUAUCACAUUUUACACAUAAUUAUUUUAUACAGCAAGUGCAACUGAAGAAAAAGAUCUCAAAAUAGAUUUGCAGAACAGUACUGGCUGUUAAAUGUCUCAUAUGUUGACUGUCUAAAUUCAUUUUUGGUAGUUAAAAAGUAGCAUUAAUUAACCCUGACUCGCACCGUAGAAAGCGCUCUCUGCUUGGUGAUUGCAGAUUGAUGGGGAGAGUAUUCUGUCCAUGCUCAUCGCAAUAUGAUUGGUGUGGGGUAGCUUGAAAAGCUUGAGGACAUGCAGAGAAACCUGGUUAAGAACUUUUUUCUUUUUAUGAAGCAUAAUUUUGUACACUAAGGGCCGCAGGACAGUGGUCACGCACCCCCACUGUACAGGAUCUGUAGUCUCCUACCAGUGCCUUGUUGUUGGGCAUAUUUAAAAUGAUAUUUAAGAGUAAGAACAUGACCAAUGUUUAUUUGGCAGAGAUUUUGUUAUGAAGGCAGAUGAGAUGCCUUGGCGUAAUUCAUAUAUCUUUAGAACCUUUAUUUUGUAGCAUCUCAAGCAAGCUCUUUACAAACGAGAUGGACAGAUUUUCCUAUUUAAAGGGUGAGUCUGCUGCUCACCUCACCACCAUUCACAAACUGUUCUGCAUGUGAGGAGAGAGCAAGGGAUAUGAGGCCAUCUCCUGUCCCCACCUCUCAUCCUUCACACAGUGCCGAUCUGUAAAGUUGUGACCAGGCCUCCUAUAAUUGCACAGAGAAGAGAUUGGGGGCACGCCCGAGAGAUGCAUUAUGCAAGAAAGGUGCUGCCGCAGUGACCAAAAUUAAUACAGAAAAAAAUAUAGUUUCUAAUAGACUUUAGAAGUCUGAGUGUGCUGUAACUAUAUAUUUUUUUCAGGUUUCCUAUAAUGGCCUGAUGUCCACACUUUUGUUUGCUGACUGUGCUGGUGCAAUUUACAUUGGAGACAGGUGUGCAUGCUUGAUUGUCAGUACACACAAUUUUGCAGAUUUAGGGCUACGUGACAGUGGUCAUGCAUUCAUGCACCGGAGGUUGUGUACCCUUUUUAAUAAAAGGAUUUUAAGGUUUUCUUUAUUUUAAAUUCCACUAGUUUUCAAAUUUCCUUUUCUUAGACUGCCAAAUUUGCAGCGGUAGAAAAAAAAUUCCACUACUUUUGUGUCUAAUAAUAAAAAUAAAUAAUAAAUCUAUUGUUGCCAAAAAAAAUAAUCUGAGCUAUUAAAUUAGAAAAUUUCUAGAAAGAAAACUCUCAUUCCUAUAUUUGUUCCAUUACCUCCAAUGAUGCCUUAAAGGACCACUCUAGGCACCCAGACCACUUCAGCUUAAUGAAGUAGUCUGGGUGCCAGGUCCAGCUAGGGUUAACCCAUUUUUUCAUAAACAUAGCAGUUUCAGAGAAACUGCUAUGUUUAUGAAUGGGUUAAGCCUUCCCCUAUUUCCUCUAGCGGCUGUCUCAUUGACAGCCGCUAGAGGCGCUUGCGUGCUUCUCACUGUGAUUUUCAGUGAGAGCAUGCCAGCGUCCAUAGGAAAGCAUUAUGAAUGCUUUCCUAUGAGACAGGUUGAAUGUGCGCGUUCGGCCGACGGGGAGGAGGAUCGGAGGAGGAGAGCUCUCCGCCCAGCGCUGGAAAAAGGUAAGUUUUAUUUAACCCCUUUCCCCUUUCCAGAGCCGGGCGGGAGGGGGACCAUGAGGGUGGGGGCACCCUCAGGGAACUAUAGUGCCAGGAAAACAAGUAUGUUUUCCUGGCACUAUAGUGGUCCUUCAACUAAUCCUUACUGUUAAUAAGCUCUGGGUUAAUUGGAAUGUGAGAUGUGCUUCACAGACCUACUACUUGAGCAGAAUCCUAAAACCGUAGAGAUUUGGUAUUUGAUUUUCUAAAAACCUUUUUUCUUUCAGAGGGGGGAAAUUGAAUUUGAAGUAGUGUAUGUUGCUCCAGAAAUUGAUUCAGAUGAUGAAAACGUAGAAUAUGAAGAUGAGAGUGGACACCGCUAUCGUUUGUACCUUGAUGAGUUGGAAGGUGGAGGAAAUGGUCCUGGAGCCAGUAAUAAAGACGGAAGUGGUGAUGCCAAGCCUCUGCAAGGUAUGAUCUGCUUAUUACGUGAUACACUACAACAGGUUUGUACUUCAGCCUCUGGGAACUAUAAUGAAUUUGAAGAUCUAAUGAAAGGGCACAUGAUCUAUAUUUUGCCAUUGAGUGUUAUAACUUUUCACAUCCCUAUUGUUAAAGAGAAGAUUAAUUAAAAUUAGGUAUGUACUAUAGGCACCAUAAUCACUUCAGCUUCUCGUAGGAUUGUGAUGCCUGUGUCCUGGUUUCAAGCAAUCUUACAAACUAAAAAACCAUUCCCUAGCACUUCUGUUUGAGACAUCAUAUGAGGAAGUUUCACAUAAUCUGUGAACUUGUGCAUGUUAAUGGACUAAUUGGUGUGCUAAGGGAACCUUGAUUUGGGGGAGAGGAGGUUGUAACCCUCAACAGUAAGCAAAACUUCAAAAUAAACACAGUAAUGUCUAAAUGAGCUCUGAAAGCCCAUUAGACACAAAAAGGUCCCAUAUAAUUGAUAGAAGGAGAAUUUUUUUUUAACCCCUUAAGGACACAUGACAUGUCAUGAUUCCCUUUUAUUCCAGAAGUUUGGUCCUUAAGGGGUUAAAGAAAAGCACAACUUUAUUGCAAAGAAAAAUUUAAAUGUCUAAAAGGAAAAUAAAUGAAAAAACACCCUAAAUGGAUAAAAAGCUAAAGGGGAGGAGAGGGAGGUGAAUCUCAAACCUGUCUCAAUAGUACUUCUAAUGCAGCAAAGUUUCUCUAACAAGCAACCAAAGCUACCCUGAGAAAUCCAUAGAACCCAGUGCCACACUUGUAAUAGUAGACAAAAGUUGCAGAAAGUAACAGAUGUAUACAAGGGACUAUUCAGGGUAAGUAAUAACUUUGUUACAGAAUCAAAGCUUAGUAAAACUAUAUAGAAAAGGCUAUAUUAUGAAACAGCCUUAUUGGCCAAAGUCUAUAAAUAUGGAUGUAUGAACAAAGUAAUCGCCAACGCCAAAAAAACUACGUCCCAAUCAUUCGAUCUUACUAGCCAGAGUCUCCAUCCAGAUGACACUGGUUCCCUGUGAUGCACAGUAAUCCCUAUAAUAAGCUGUAGCUGUUAAUAGUGCUUGGAGUAAAGGAGCCCUUAAAUCACCAUAACCACUAUAACUUGUGGUAGUGGUUAUGAUACCAGGAGAGCCUUGGUGGCAUUUCACAACACACCUAGGUUUGGCUGUGCCACUGAGCUUAGACCGGCCCUAUUGAGAUGUCUCUCUAUCUCCAUAUAAAUACUUAGUAGUUUUUAACAUUACUAUAGCAACUUGUUUUCUGAUACUACUUUACAAAACCUCAUGUUUAGGGAGUUUAAAGAAAUUCCGUCGUGCUAAGAAUACAAAGUUGUAUUUACUCUCACGAUUCCAGUGCCAAUGUCCCUCUGCAUUGGAUCGAUGCUCCGCCUCUUCUGACGAGAUCCGGCAGGACCUAAUUCACAUGCUUUCAUAUGGGGAUUUCACUUGCAGUGGAGGUCCUCAUGCAGACCGUGAGGAUGUCCAGCGUAAUUUAGGGGACUUGCAGGUAAACUCCUGCAAGUGUCUGUACAGGCUCUGGUAGACAGCUACUAGAGGCUUAGUCCUGUAAAACAUUGCAGAUUGUAAGGGGAACAGGGACUCUGCACUCAGACCACUUUAAUGAGGUGAAGUGGUGUGUGCCUAUAGUGUCCCUUUAAAUUGGAACCAUAGACAAACUUCGGUAGCCUCCAUGGGGGAUUGAAAGUAAAAGAUACAGGGCAACUUGCUUGAUUUGGAUAAUGUAUAUUUCCUUUAGCAAUAUCAAAACCUGGCUUUAGAUUUUAGAAAUAUGUAGUAUUAAAUCUGCAGAGGUACAGUCAUUACACAGUUCCCUUUUCUCGCUCCUGAUUAUGUUCAUCAAACUUCAUUAACGCCCACUCUUCUAUAACUUUUCUUUUUUUAUUCUUCAAGUCCCUGCACACUAUAGAAUUGCUGCUAAUCGCAACCGUUUCUAAUACUAUUUAACAGCACCAGACAGUAACACAAUUGUGAUGACCAAUUUAUGUUUAUAUAACAUCAACUUUUUUUAAUAUUCCUUCACGCUUUUUUGUUAAAAUAGAAUUUUUUUAAAAUUCUUAAUGUGACACCUAUACUUUUUUUUUUUGUUUUGUUUUUUUUUUUUUGUGUGUUUUUAUUUUUUAUCUUUAUUUAAACCUGUGGUUUAUUUUAAUAUCCUUUUUCUGUUUUGUUUUUUUAGUAUUUGACCAAAAGCCUCAUCUUGAUGGUCAUGAAAAUGGUGACUUGGAGCCUACUAGUGAUUCUCUCUCAGGGGACAACGCUUCCAAGCGAACAUAUUCAACUGAAUCCUUAUCCUAAAGUUGACCUCUUGCAUCUUUAUCAGAUGAGGCCAAUACGGACUCUAGUGGAGUGAGGCUAACUGACACGGACAUGUCUCAUUCAAGGAAGAACGCUUGCUUGUUGUCUCUUGUAGGUUCCUCAGGGUUUGGCUGACUAAUGUGGGAAGACUUGUCUCAUUCAUCCACUAUGAGCCAUAAUUAAUGCAGUUGCAUGUUUCUAAUUUUUAUUUUUUUUAUUUUGUAAGCACCAAAGCACAUGUUGUUUUCAGGUGUAACAUCCAUCCCCCCCUUCCCACUCCCUGCAAAUUAUUUUUAACACAUUUUAAUCUUCUAUAUGAACUGGACUUUUGAGCAUUGUUAUAAGGGUUUACAGCACCAGUGUGAAAAUUUAGACUUGAAUGGCAGAAUUAUUUACACCAAAAAAAUGUAUUUCAUGUUACUGUGAUCGAUGUUGAUUGUGUAUUUUUAAUGAAGUAAAGUGUUAACUUGGCCAAGCACAAUCAAGUUAGGGUGGAAUGUUAUUCAAUGCCUGUUUUAUGCAGUAGACAAGGUUAUUUCACUUAGUGAUUUUUAUAUACAAUUCAUAUACAACCCCCUCCGCCCACCAUUGCCCUCACCUGCAGUGUAGGUGAAUAAAAAGGGAAACAAAACUUUUCAGAAUGAUUUAUAGACAUUUCAUUACAUUUCAGUUCACAUUGAAGAUCGGAUGUAGUUUAGUUUAUGGUCUUCUUAAAACCAUGGUAAUGCAAACAUGUGAGUAAUCAUUUAAUCAGUUCUGUUAUUAGAGGUACCUUUCACCAUUUUGUUUUGGGUUUUCUCCCCCUUCGCUUUUUAGAAAGUGGUAUUACUUCCUGUAGUUUAUCAUAACGGAGCCUACAAAUAGGAAUAUUGUAAUUCUGUGUGUCUUGAUCAGCAUGUAAUGCCUGCUUACCACCAGACUGUUAUAUAAAACCAAAAUAUCAAAGGAGAACUAUUGUUAUCAGAAAGCAGGUGGAACGCCUGUUCUGUAGACAAAUCUCUAUGGAGUUAUUCAGUACGUGGAACUGAGCAUUUUAGGCAAAGUAACCAAUUUUUUAUGGGAAAUAAAAAUCUCCAGCUUUGGCCUAUAAUGUUAGUCCUUCACAAUUCCUGUUCUAGUGAAUAACCUUACAGGGACACUCCAGGCCCCUAAAGCACUUUAACUUUCAAAAAUCUUAUUAUUUUUUAUUUUUUUCUCAUUUUACAAAAAGUACAGACUUGCAGAUUUCAAUGGAAAUUGACACUUUAAUAACUUAGUCAGUAUAUUAACCCCAUGGCUUUCAAACAGACAACAUAUCUUUUUACUUCCUUGUUUGGUUAGCUCAGUGGAGCUAAACUCGAGGCACCAAUUGCUCAGAGCACCUGCCUUGCAAAGACUUCUCAUUGAUCUGCAUUUGGAAGUCUGAUUGGACAGACACAAACAUUUGGGGAAGUAUGGGAGGCAUUGCAAAUGCUUCAGACGAGAUCUGCAUUUAUUGCAAGCUGUUUUUAGAUCUAGCCCCAGUGAGAAAAUGCAUAAUUAAAUGCAUGUACAUUUGGUGUUAAUCUAUUAAACAGUGAUUUUUUUUUUUUAAUUUAAUUUGGGUAGUGGAGUGUCCCUUUUAAGAUUGAUAUCCAGACAUGAUCAGUCUUUUUAUAGCAAUGGCUGUUUCUGUCAAGUUAAGGAACAUUAUGUAAACCUAUAACUUCUUUCCCUUUGUAUUAGCUGCACUAUAUUUGUCUGAGGUAGCAUUGAAAUGUAAAUAGUGACAAUUGAUAUUUAUAAAUCUAUACUUUUCCCUUUUGUGACUUUUUUUGGGUGUCACAUUAUUGUCAUUAUGUAUCUGUUAAAGCUUUUAUACUGUAUAUUUUAUAAGUUCUAUAUUUUUUGUUGUUGCUUACUUCAUUACCAUCACUGAUUCUAUUACCCAUGGUCAUUACAAGUAUGCUACACAUGCUUUUAACAUGUGGCAGUAUUUUGGGAAGUUUGAUUCAGUCUAAAGAGGCAUCUCCUUGGUAGACAAAUGAAAAUGAGUAAUCGAGAAGAGCCUGUUGCAGGGUCCAUUUUACUUUGGUAUAGAAGGUAGCAGAUGGCCACCUAUGUACUGUAGAGGGAUUCUGAUAAAAUCCAUUAAAGUUGUUUAGUGUAGAUGAUUGAAUAUUAAAUAUACAUUGUGAUGGGGGCACUAUAAAUCAUACAGUUUGAGUUACAACAAUACUGAAUUAAUGCACUGAAAAAGUGGUAUGGGUGGAACAUGCCUUAGUAAGUACCAGUGUACACGCUAAACACACAUGUAAUGCCUUGCUGAAACUUAACAUACAUGCCCCCAACUACUAUGAGACUACCAUUGUCUCAGUAAUGCACCAGGUUUUCCCUGAAAAAGUGCUAGUGAGCAGUUACUAUGGAAGACUAGGGACUUUCUCUACAUGCAUUUCAUAGUCCAAGAUUGCUUCAGUUUGGUCUUGAUUCAAUAUAUGUGGAGUUAAACAUCUCUUAAGAGUUGAGCUGGAAACACGGUUCUCUGUGUAAUAAAAUCAAUAAAUACAAUAAGUUUUGACAUUAUUUAGUGCAAGUAGAGGUAUCGUGCACCUAGUUGACGCCUAAAUAGUUGGAAGAAAUGUGCUUAAAUAUUGAGUUCUACCAGUUGUACCAUACAUUGGCAACCCUAGUGCAUUGCAUCCUUUUUCCAUUGGAUGUAAGGACUUUCUGUAUUGCACAUGUUUAGUGAACACAUGGUGAUAUGUUUGUAAUGUGGGUAAUGAGUACCUAGUUAAAUUGGGUCCACCAUUACCAUUGAACAAAGAAAAAUGUAAGUGGUUUUAAAAGAGGUUCUAGGUGGAAAUAAGGUGAGAUGGUUCAAUUUUGAAAAAUGUAUCCUUGCAACAAAUUGUAUGUAAAAUUAAAGAGGCAUUAUUUAUUGUAAAUUGUUUCUUCACAUUAUUUUUGUCAGUCAUAUGCAACAGAUUUCAGAUAAAUGCCAUAUUUAGUAAAUUUACUUUUUUUUUUUUUAACAUUGUAAAUAAAUAU